AAUCUACUCUUAAACGUUCCUCGCAGACGCAGUCAGUUCGGCGUGGCGCGAGAUUGAACGCACGCGCACCAGUGACUUUGGAACUUUUGUUUACGAAAUAGCGAUUUUUUUUCACGUUUGGUAUCUGUUUUCGAAGUAGCCAUGCCGGACCAGGAAGUACAAUACAAUAGAGACCUAGUCGCCAUAAAGGACUGGCUUAGCAAGCAACCUCAUUUACCACACGAUGUCGAGGAUAUCCUGCUCCGCCGUUUCCUGUCGAGCUGCAAGUACAGCCUAGAACGCACCAAGCGCACCAUUGACUUCUUUUUCACCAUCAGGUCGACCGCGCCGGAGUUGUUUUGUAACCGCGACCCAUGGGCGCCGGAGGUCCGACGCGUAUUUGAAAUUACAGAUAUGAUCCCGCUUCCUAACAAAACAAAGGAAAAUUACAAAUGCUUCAUCUACCGACUCAACACUCCUGAUCUGGACUUGUUCCACUUCAUAGAUGCCGUGAAGACUUUCUUCAUGCUGGCAGACACCAGGUUGACUGAAGACGACGACAUUCCUGCUGGAGAAAUACCCAUCUUCGAUUCUGCCAAUGUUUCACUGAAGUUCAUAGGGAAAAUCAAUCUUUCUGUUUUGAGGAAAUAUAUGCUUUAUACACAGGAAGCCAUUCCGAUCCGGCUGAAGCAAGUACACAUAAUCAAUGCACCCGCCUACAUCGGCAAGAUUCACGCCAUUCUCAAACCUUUUAUCAAGACCGAGGUCGCUAAAUUGAUAAAAUUCCAUGAGCCGAAUUCAACAACGUUGUACAAGGACAUCCCUCAAGAAUUGUUACCGAACGAGUAUGGCGGACAGGCGGGCUCCAUCGAGCAGAUCAAACGACUAUGGAUUAAGAGGAUUGAGUCAAAGAGGGACUGGUUCAUCAAAAAUGACAAACGGUGGGAGGUGGACGAAGGUCUGCGCCCUAGCAACUGCAGGGACGAGCGUACCGACAAAGUGAAAGACCUUCCUGGAUCCUUUAGGUCACUAGCUCUAGAUUAGCGAAUAUUCUGGAAUACUUGUAUGUAUGUUUAGACGCACGCAAAGAUAACUUACGGUCAGUACCACAAUAAGUAGCUACUUACUUAAUAUGCAAUCAUUAAUUUGGUGCAUGAAUUGACUUCAUAUAAAAAUUUAAGCUAAGGUAAUUUGCCUGCGCAUCGUCACAUAUAUCUACCAUAGUAUAAUAAGGUCAGUAGUGUAACUUCGGCGCGAUAAUAGGUACACGUCUCUCGGAGCGUAGGGUUGUCACAUUAUUAUAUUACUUGUAUUAGUAGCCACCUUAGACUGCCAACUUACCUAUUUAAGCCGCCAACAAGUAACGUGAGCAUAACUGUUAUAAACAGGCGUGUCGCUUACCACCAGACGCACGACUUGAUCGACCCGUCACUUGGUCACUUCAAUGAACACUACAAACUUAAUUUUUUUGCCAUCUAUGUUUUUAUUUUGUUUUUGUUUGUUUCUUUAUUUUUUUUCACAAAAUUCGGGCGGCGUAAUGUUAGUAAAUAAGAUAAGGCUGUUUAGAUUAAAAACAGAAAAUGACCAAAAAAUAAAAUUGGCAUAUAAGUUACACUACUCCUUUCAUUAUACUAUGCAUCUACCACUCUACUGUUACAUUUUGAGUAUUUCUAUUUACUAUUUUCUUUAAUAUUUUGCAAGUUUUUGUAUUAAGCAUUUUUAUAUUUGUGAUAAUUGUUAGAUGAAUUAUGUGGUAGUGUUCUAUGUUUUUUUGUAACAUAAUUUCGUAUUUCUUUUAGCCUCAAAAUGCUAAUUUAUUGUUUAAAUUUCCAUCAUCUUAGAAGGUAUACUGAGAAAAGAAUGAUUGAAAUAUACAUGUAGUUGAAGGUGAUACUGUAAGCUGUUUGUAUCCGAGACACAAUUGCAGCAACAAUUUUAAGUAGUGAUAUUAAUCAUGUGGAGCGACCACUCCUAAGUGUCCCGGAGUGAGUUCCGUUGAUCAUAGUAAAACGAUUUUCUAGCUUGAGACCCGGUGAUUUAAGAAUUCGUCAAAUUUGCUGGAAUUAAUUUGUCACUGUACUAGGUUUUUAAUUAUAGUUUCGAUUUUUUACGUAGAGCGGUAUAUAGAUUAUCUGAAAAUGCUCGAUUGUGUAAAAAUGCUACACUAUUACGUUAUAGGGUGUGUGUAUGUUUUGUAAUGUAAGUGUAAAUGUAAUUAAUUGUACAAAUUCAUUGUACAAAAUAAAUCUCAAUGUAAAGCA